UAGGCAAAAUGUGGACAGUGUGGAAGCUAUCUUUGAUGUGCACUCAUAUUCUCGAAAUUCAAAGGCGUUUGAUUCUUCUCCAUUCGUUUGUUCUAUACGGAUUUUGGUUUUAUUAUUAUCUUUUAAUAAUUCAAUUGUACAGUAGUGAAAAAAGAAAACAUAUUCUAUUCCCAACACCACUUGGAAAUCAGCAGAUUGGUAGAACUUUAAGAAAUGGAUUCGACUUCUCAUAUUGUGGAAAAAGAUCUUGAAACAAAAAAAGAAACGGAAGAGUUUAACGCUGAUGUGAUGGCUUCCGAAGAGAAAGAUAAAACACCCAAAACACCUUUGGAAUCGAACUCUGACAGUGACUUAGGUAAACCUCAAAGCCAAACAGGUGAUAAAGAUGACGCUGACUUAACAACUGGAGACAAACUCGAGUCUAAAGAAGGUGGUUCACAAAGCGAAAUUACUGCAGAUAUAGCAGUAACUCCGCCUUCAACUACAGUUACCCUAAUCGAAAAGCGGUCCUCAUCUAUUGGUUCAUUGGAUGCUGAAGAAGAAGAAGAAGAAGAAGAAGAAGAAGAAGGAGAAGAAAAAGAAGAAGAAAAAGAAGAAGACUUACCUGUUAAGACAGACACAACUAACAUUUCGGAAAUGGAUAAAGAGGAGAAUCAAAAGGUGGCUGUCGUUGAUGACAAAACUGUUAGUGUUAGCACAUCGAAUGCUAGAAAAUCUCCUGUGCCACAAGAUACAUCAAAUGCUCGAAUCAAAGGUGAAGACGAAGAAGUUCAAAGUACCGAAAAAACGGUAUUAAAAGACUGCACAGAAUCUUUGACUGAAGAAGAUCCGGUUGAACCUACAAGCCAUUCAUCUGCACUGGCUGGAGAAAGCACCAGAAGCGAAGUUGAUUUGCCUAUCGGACAUGCCAAGAAUUCAGAAGAACUGGAAAAUCGAUCAGACAGAUCAGAUGCAAACAAGGGCAAGGAAUCGCAAGAAAUGGCCGACCAAUCCGAACUUUUGGAUAAAAAAACCAAGGAAAGCGAACAUCCGAAAACUGAUCAGAAGGAUUUUAACAACCAAAUUCUUGACAUAAUAUCGGACAUAGACAUUAAUAUAAAAGCCCAAGAAAAAAUAACUCAGCUAAAAGAGCAAGAACUGGAACUCAUAAAAAAACAAAACGAGCUGGCAAACCAAAUUCAUCAGCAACAAAUCUUAGCUCAGCAGCUAAGUGCUCAAAACAGAUUUAAACAAAAUCAACAAAGUCAAAUUGGAACCCUCGACCCACAAAGCCACCACCAAAAUGAGCGCGAUUUAUCAGCCUCGAUAUUUAAUCAAAAGAAUACCGCUGACAAAGAAACCUCAAAUGUAUCGAAGACGGUUGAUUUGCGCAAAAUAUUCACUCCUGCGACGGAUUCCAGUGAAAUUUUACCGAAAAAUCGAAAGCUUUAUGCCUCGUCUGCAUUUUAUUCUCCAUCACUACACCCUACUGUGGAAGACCAAGUUGAGCUAGCGCGAAGAAUAUCACAUUCACUAAGUGAUAUCAGUAACCAAACCUCUAAGGGUCAGUCAAUGUAUGUCAAUCGCAAGAAUCGCUCAGACAAAUGGGUUCAUGAAGGUAGAUCUCAAGGGAAUGAGUCCUCAAAUGACGCUAUUAAUCCAUGUAAAGAGAAUUCAGAAACAAAUUCCACAUUGGAAAUUAAAAAUUUGGAAAAAAUACCGCUAAAGCUCAUAAUGAACCCAAACGGAAAAGUCCGUGAUUAUAAUUCGCUCAAAGAAUUAAUAAACGUUAAAACUGGGCUUUUAUCGCCUGACAACUGCGCUGAACUAAUAACUGCACUUCAACUUCAUCAAGGACGAGGUGCCGAACUUUUUGCGAAGCGCCGCAGAAAGGCCGACAAUUGGAUAGUCGAUGAGACCCAUGCAGGCACUCAAAAUCAUCCGUCUGGUAUUCCAGAUUAUCAGCAGUAUCAUCAAAAGCCGGCAAUUUCACCAAACAUUUUGCCCGCAUAUUCUGACGCGGGUAAACAUCGAGUACAAUUGAAUAUACAUCAAAAUCAGUUAAUAGAGAAGUAUUCAAAGCCCGGACUCCAGGUUGUUCAGUCUCCUUGGGAAGCAGCUCUACAAACUGGUUCAGCAAGCUCUGCGUUUUUGGAGGAUAACAAAGGUCAAUGUUUUUCGCCAACCGUGUCACCAACUCCGUAUUUCCAUGGCGGUAAUAUCGAUUUAAGGGAUGCUGUGGAGUCUACGCAUAAUAAUGCUCAGAAUCAAUAUACAAAUGAUAAUGCUUCUUCACCGCAAUCAACCAACGUACGCUCGAACCCGCAAAGAGAUCUUGCUUAUACACCAUGCGUUGCCCAGGGCUGGGGAGGUCGUAAUGUGGAACUACCUAAAGAGUCUCAUUCCCAAUAUGGCAGAGCAGAUGACAGUAUCAAUAGCUGUAUUCAUUUAUUACAUGAAAAUAACCUGACCACGAAUUUUGCUGUUGAUGUACAGAAUCGAUUACAUGAACUUGAAAAAUUUCAAAAUUACUUCUUAAGACACAAAUGUCUUGAUAUAGAAAUGCUACGAAAUAAAGAAGAUUCUGGCGAUUCUUUUCGAUACGCUUAUCAAAACCCUAGCGAUUUUACGCCAAAUCCCGAAUUUGAAAUAUUUAAAAAUGAAGACCAAAGUGUCAAAAGGGAAACUGAUGAAAAAGUUAAUGUUCGUGAGUUAAUACAAUCCUUUGAGCAACAGAAUACAACGGAAUUCAACCAGGUCGGACAAGCCACAACACCUAUAGAAAACAAUGAAGGAUUAUAUGUUCCAAAAGAACUAUCUCUUUCAAGCUAUGCAGCACCCCCAAAACAAUAUGGAGGACACGAGCAGCCCUUUAACUUACAAAGCUACGAAUCUACACGCUCUUUACCGACAGCUAACUUUAUUGCUAACGAAAAUCCAACUACUGGAAGAAAUGAAUUUCCAUUAUCAAAACCGUUAAAAUCUGGAUUUAGUACAUUACCACCAAAGCAGCAGCUUUACGCACCAACUAGCUAUCAAAGAAAACCAGUUGGUUCCGAACACAUUGCGCCUCAGGUCAACUUUAACCCCACGCCUUUGUCUUUCGACAAAUUGGCUAGGUAUGAGCAGAAUGACAAGAAAAACUUGACUGGUCCAAACCCACAUUAUCUUAAUGUACAACAAAGUUCGUAUGUACGCAAUACUUCACCAAUACCAUUUGGAAUUGCUUCCAAUGAACAGACGUCCCGAUCUCCAAGUUCAAUUGGCUCCAUGGGAUCCCCCCACUGUCAUCUGCCAACAACUGGACCUUCUAAAUGUGGACUAUUAACGAGCAGCUCGGCUUCUUCAACGUUGAACCAGGGUCAAACCUUUAACAAAUGUGCCAGAGGCUGGGGAGCAACCCAAAACAACCAACAGCCCUAUCAAAGUACAUACUCCUUACCAGUAGUUGGAAACUUACCAUACUCUGACUUUUAAAGGAUGUUAAAAACUUUAACGAUUUGCGACAUAUUUACAUAAAAUUGUAGCAAUAAUAAUAUUCACUGUGUUUGUUUUUUUGGUUCUUUUUUUCAAAUAAUAAUGGUACCACAUCGAAAA